UUUAUCAGUGCACAGUGGGAGAGAGGGAGCAAGUAGGUGAGUGCUGGAGAGAGGGUAGGGAGGGGGCAGGAUCCAUAGGAAGGGCACUGAGCCAGGAGUAGAGGGACAACGCAAUAGUUUAGAGAUAGCUGGAUACAAUUUUCUGGGGAAAAUCUGCUAGGAGUGCACGUCAAAUUAUAACGGGUGUACACUCAAUCUAAUAUUUAUAUAAAAAUACAGAUUAGCGGAAAGAUUAUAUCCUUAUUUGCCAAACCUAAAUUACAGAACACAAAAGUGGAAGAAGAAUACUGAAGUGCAAAUGUAAAAAAAAAAAAAGAUUUGCAGAAGCAGAUAAAAUCAAAGUAGGUCUGAAACCAGAAGACUUGUCAGACAAGGUUAUCUAGUUAGACUGAGAGGGCUGAAGGUAAAAUCAAUCCGCAGAGUCUGAAGAUUGGCCACAAUCUGGGAAGUGGAGGCACUUUUUUGGGGACAUUUGGACUUCAUUCAUCUGCUUUGGAAAACUGUGAUCCAAGAACAUGUCUACAGGAAUGUCAUCCUCAACAAUGGACAGAGAAGGGGGCCACACAGGCUUUGCCUUCAAGAAUCCACUGACAGGUCUGCGCUGGAAACGACUGGAAGAGCCACUUGGAUUCAUUAAAUUGCUGGAAUGGCUGUUUGCCAUCUUGGCCUUUGGAACCUGUGGUUCUUUCAUUGGAGAGACAGCAGUAGUCGUGAUGUGUAAGGUUUCGGAUACACAGACAGACACAGAUCUAAUAUCUGUGCCCUUUUCUUACCCUUUCAGGCUGUAUCGACAGCGCUAUGAGAUGCCACACUGUGUGGAAACUGAAAGACGUAUUUUGCAUCUCUCAGGAGACUUCUCUGCACCAGCUGAAUUCUUUGUUACUUUGUCAGUGUUUGCUUUCUUGUAUUCCAUGUUUGCACUGGUAAUUUACUUGGUCUUCCAUGAACGAUACACUCAGAUACGGAGAGUUCCAAUUGUGGAUUUCUGUGUGACAGGUGUCUUUACCUUCUUGUGGCUUGUAGCUGCUUCAGCCUGGGGAAAGGGUCUCACGGAUGUGAAAUUAGCUACUCACCCAUCUAGCAUCCUUUCAUCAAUGCCAGUGUGCCAGUUAGAAAUCGCAUCUUGCUCUGCUGGUGUUACACCAUUCUAUGGCCUCGCCAAUAUAUCUGUGCUCUUUGGAUUUUUGAAUUUUUUCACCUGGGCGGCCAAUGCAUGGUUUGUGUUCAAGGAAACUGCAUGGAGCAAACAAGCGGCCAGUAAAGAGGAGUCUGCUGAGCGUGGGGAGGCUGAAGAUCUCCAGUGAUCCCUCAUCACUUCCCACCUAGAUCGGGAUGUCUUUCCCUAACUGUCACUCUACUUGUUCAUUAGUGUGGACUUCUCAAGAGACUCUUGUCUUGUACUUACUUACUGUUCCCCAGCAGUUGGUUGUCAUCUUGAACCAAAGUUAUCCACUCCAAUACAAUCAUUUUUUCCAUCUUUCUGUUUUCCAAAGUCAUUAAUGCAUCUAGAAGGUUUUACCUCCUCUGGUGCUAUCUUUUAAAUAAAAUGAUGUCCGCUUUC